AUGGGGUUUGUGAUUUAUAAGAAGGUCGAAGCUAUUGAGUGGUGUAGAGGGGUAUUAAAUGCGAUGCGAAAGGGUGAAGGGUUCUUGGUGUAUGUAACCGGCUGCAAUCGAUUGCUUACAUCAAACUGCUUCAUUAAAGUUCUAAUCCUCAUUCAAGUUCUACCUGCAAGAUUUCCAUAUCCAUAUGUCAGUUCUAAUCCUCAUUCCAGUUCUACCUGCAAGAUUUCCAUAUCCAUAUGUCAGACAAGACAUUUAUCCCCUAUUCCAUUGAUUGAUCUGACAGAAGAUGUAGAAAAUAUACAUCAAGUGAACAAUGAAAAUCUUAUAGUUGGUAUCUCAAAUGAAUAUUUGGAUCAUGGUGAUCAAGUUGUUGUAUGUCAAACAUGUCGUGCAAAGUUAUGGAGAAAUGAAUCCAUUAGAGGUAAAGAAAAGGGAAAGACAGAUUAUUCAUUAUGUUGUGGUUACGGCAAAGUUCAACUUCCAGAUUUAAAGAAUGCACCCCCGACUUAUGAAAGAAUGUUUCGAAAUAUGGACUCAAAAAGCAAACAUUUCAUGAAAAACAUUCGACGUUACAAUUCAAUGUUUUCUUUCUUGUCGAUGGGUGGUAAAAUUGAUUCUUCAAUCAAUAGAGGAAACGCUCCAUACAUUUUCAGAUUGGGUGGUCAAAAUUAUCAUAGUAUUGGAAGUCUUUUGCCAGCAAAAGGAUCGGAACCAAAAUUCUCUCAGUUAUACAUUUAUGACACUGACAACGAAAUUACAAAUAGACAGAGAUGUUUUCGUGGUGAAAAGGAUCAAUCAACAUCAACUGAUAGUGAUAUUAUUGAAGAUAUUAAGGUGAUGUUGGAUUCAAAUAAUGUGUUGGUUAGAUCUUAUAGGAUGGUAAGAGAUACUUUUAAGAAAAAUCCAGAAGUUGAUAUGAAAUUACGACUUAUCGAGAGAAGGGAGCAAGAUGGAACAUAUAACCUACCGACUGCUUCUGAGGUUGCUGCUUUAAUAAUUGGUGACAUUUCGGAUUCAAUCGAGAAGAGGGAUAUCAUCGUUCAAACAAAAAAUGGUUGUCUACAACGUAUCAGUGAAUUGCAUCCUUCGUAUCUUCCUCUCCAAUAUCCAUUGCUAUUUCCAUAUGGGGAUGAUGGUUAUAGUGUUGACAUUCUUCAUAGAGGCGUGUCAUUAACGAACAACAGCAAGCGUGCGAAAUGUACAAUGAGAGAAUAUUUCGCUUAUAGGAUUCAAGACAAAGAUUAUUCGUUUUCUCUCAUACUUAAUUCAAGAAGGUUGUUUCAACAAUUUAUGGUAGAUGCCUACACUAUGAUGGAAACGGAGAGAAUGUACUACAUACGUAGGCAACAACAUGUUCUUAGAUGUGAGUCUUAUGAAAAUUUACGUAACCAAAAAGCUCAAGGGACGACUGAUAUCUCGAAUGUCGGCCAACGUGUCAUAUUACCUUCAUCCUUUACCGGAGGUGCACGUUAUAUGCUGCAAAACUAUUUGGAUGCCAUGUCACUAUGCAAAUGGUUUGGAUAUCCUUAUUUUUUCAUAACCUUUACGUGUAAUCCCAAAUGGCCUGAGAUUAAAAGGUUUCUUAAGGAUACUUCACUUCAACCAGAAGACAGGCCUGAUAUACUAUGUAGGUUGUUCAAGAUCAAGCUUGAUGCAUUCAUUAAAGACCUAAGGGAAAAUCAAAUUUUCGGCAAAGUUCAAGCAUGUAAUUAA